UCAUUGGCAUUAGCAUUCAUUCCAUAAAGUGCCACGUUGAGAGAGUUCAUGUCUAUUGUUUGUUGAUCUGAAUAUCAAAAUAUAGAAACAGCUGCUGAGGUUAUGGUCGUGUAGUAGUAGUGAAUAGUGAUGAUGAGCUUCAGUUUUCAACUCCUUCUUCAUACCAUCUUUUCUCUUAUCUUCUUUCUUAUCAGUGCUUCAUCUUCACAACACUCUAAUCAGUUUUGUGAAGCUGGAAUUGGAUACGGAGAGUCCACAUGUGGAACUGCAAUUCCAUCAUCAUCAUCCAAGUUGUUGAUCAAAGGUGGUACUGUGGUCAACGCUCACCACCAACAUCUUGCUGAUGUUUAUGUCGAAAAUGGCAUCAUUGUUACUGUCCAACCAAAUAUCAUGGUUGGAGAUGAUGUGUAUGUGAUAGAUGCCACCGGCAAGUUUGUCAUGCCAGGAGGCAUUGAUCCUCACACUCACCUAGAGAUGGAUGCAAUAGGUAUUACAACAGUAGAUGACUUCUUCAGUGGUGAGGCUGCAGCAUUAGCUGGUGGAACAACAAUGCACAUUGACUUCGUUAUGCCAGUUAAUGGAAAUUUAACAGCUGGUUUUGAAGUCUAUGAAAACAAGGCAAAGAAGUCUUGUAUGGAUUAUGGCUUCCAUGUGGCAAUUACCAAAUGGGAUGAAUCUGUUUCAAGGGAUAUGGAGAUCAUGGUCAAGGAGAAAGGGAUCAACUCUUUCAAGUUUUUCAUGGCAUACAAAGGAAUCAUUAUGGUCAACGAUGAACUUCUUCUGCAAGGAUUAAAGAAGUGCAAGUCUCUUGGUGCCUUAGCCAUGGUCCAUGCAGAAAAUGGUGAUGCAGUGGAUGCUGGGCAACAGAAAAUGAUAGAACUUGGAAUAACCGGUCCUGAAGGGCAUCCUCUUUCAAGGCCUGCAGCUUUGGAAGGAGAGGCGACAUCUCGUGCAAUACGCUUAGCAGAUUUUGUGAACACUCCUUUAUAUGUGGUUCAUGUAAUGAGCAUUGAUGCAAUGGAAGAAAUUGCGAAGGCUCGGAAAUCAGGACAACGGGUAAUCGGAGAACCUAUUGCCUCUGGUUUAGCCCUUGAUGACUCUUGGCUUUGGCAUCCUGACUUUGUGACUGCAGCAAAGUAUCUUAUGAGUCCUCCUAUCAGGAGUAAAGGACAUGAUAAGGCCCUUCAAGCUGCCCUUGCAACAGGGGUUUUGCAGCUGGUAGGAACUGAUCAUUGUACCUGGAAUUCGACUCAGAAAGCUCUUGGAAUUGAUGACUUCCGCAAAAUUCCGAAUGGUGUCAAUGGUAUUGAAGAAAGGAUGCACUUGGUAUGGGACAUCAUGGUGGAAUCUGGCCAAAUAUCAGUCACUGACUAUGUCCGAUUGACAAGCACUGAAUGUGCUAGAAUCUUCAAUAUAUAUCCGAGGAAAGGAGCUAUUCUUCCAGGAUCAGAUGCAGAUAUUAUCAUCCUGAAUCCAAACUCUAGUUUUGAGAUAACUGCAAAAUCUCACCACUCCAGAUCAGACACAAAUGUGUAUGAGGGAAGAAAAGGAAAGGGGAAAAUUGAAGUGACUAUAUCAAGAGGAAGAGUUGUUUGGGAAAAUAAUGAACUGAAGGUUACUCCUGGUACUGGAAAAUACAUAGAAAUGCCUCCUUAUAGUUAUCUGUUUGAUGGAUUGGACAAAAAAGAUGCCAUUUAUCUAAAUUCCCUUCAAGCUCCAGUAAAGAGAGCCAAAUCCACAACUUAAAUUUUUUUUGGUAUUUUUCUAUACUGAAAUAUGUACUCUGGAGGAAAACAAUAGUUUGUGUUAGUAUAGUUUUUCCAUGCAAACAGAAAAAAAACAUGUGUACUAAGAAAGCUUCAACUGUAUGUUGAAUAAAUAAAUGUGUUUUGUGUUA